GGGCGCCCCCGGGCCGGCGGGCCGGGCAUGGGCGGCGCGGCGGCGGCGGCGGCGGGCGGGCGCUGAGGAGGCGGGCGGCGGCGGCAGCAUGGAGGCCAUCUGGCUCUACCAGUUCCGCCUGAUCGUCAUCGGCGACUCCACCGUGGGCAAGUCCUGCCUCAUCCGCCGCUUCACCGAGGGGCGCUUCGCCCAGAUCUCCGACCCCACGGUGGGCGUGGAUUUCUUCUCCAGGCUGGUGGAGAUCGAGCCGGGCAAGAGGAUCAAGCUGCAGAUCUGGGACACGGCCGGGCAGGAGCGGUUCCGGUCCAUCACCAGAGCCUACUACAGGAACUCGGUUGGCGGACUCCUCCUCUUUGACAUUACAAACCGCAGGUCCUUCCAGAACGUCCACGAGUGGCUAGAGGAGACCAAGGUGCACGUCCAGCCAUACCAGAUCGUCUUUGUUUUGGUAGGGCACAAGUGUGACCUUGACACACAGCGGCAAGUCACCAGGCAUGAGGCUGAGAAACUGGCUGCUGCAUAUGGUAUGAAGUACAUUGAGACCUCAGCUCGGGAUGCCAUUAACGUGGAGAAGGCCUUCACUGAUCUGACUCGAGAUAUAUACGAGCUUGUUAAAAGGGGGGACAUUUCAAUCCAGGAGGGAUGGGAAGGGGUAAAGAGUGGGUUUGUCCCAAACGUAGUGCACUCUUCAGAAGAAGUGGUGAAAUCAGAUAGGCGAUGCUUGUGCUGAGCUCUUCUAGUGAGGCAAGUGGUGAUGAACUCUACUAACCAAACGUACUUUACUAAGUGAACUCAGUGUGACAGAAGGGAGAGCAACACUCCCGUUGUGAACAGCCUCCCACGUUGUUGUGGACACCAGAACAGACCCUGGAAAGAAAUGUUCUGUUCCAAAUAACCUUGCAGAGCUGGGGGCUACGAACCUAACGGAGAGUGAGUGAGGGUGCAUGUAGAUGUUGUAAGGAGACAGGAAGCAGAAAUGAGGGGCUGCAGGAGACAGGGGAGAGCACACAGCGAGCUGAAUGGGCUGGCACAUGCCAGGGUACUGUACAUGUCCUCUUUUGAGUAAAUCCAUAGCUCCAUGCUGGGUAUUGAAGCCACAGUAUGGAUACUUCAUUAGUGUGACAAAUGGGCAGACAGUGGGAAGGAAAGAGGACAUCUUCGUUUGUGUCAGCUGUUUAUUACCAGGAAGGUGGAAAGGCAGCACAGAUACCGUUUCCUCAUAAGGCCACCUCCACAGGAAAAGUUUACUGACAUGGUAUGCACACUUCUGAAUUUUCUUUCUUAUGUUCUUGAACCUAGUUCCAUAGCAAAGAAUAUUCUGUGGGACUUAAAAGAGGAAAACAGUAGUUAUUUGAUUGGUAAUUAAAAUUCGAAUUAUUCCCCCCCCCAUAGUGCUUUUCUUGCUGUGCUGAACUGGGAUUCUAAGUGGCAACUCCUGCUCCAGUAGUAAUUAUUCAGUGCAUUUACUGCCUAGGUGAGUACCUUGCAAGUACCCUGCGUUCAGGGCUUUCCAAUAGAAUUAAGUGCUCAAGAGCAUGAAGAGAGAACCAUGUCCUCAUAUCUUAUACCUUAAGGCUGGGGUGUUGGAGCCCGGUGGGACGCGCCAACAUUUCUGUCUCACUGACAGCACUGUGCUGACCUUUUGGGUGUCUUACCAGCCAGGUCCCAAGGAGGAAUGGAAAGGAGGGGGGAAAACCCACCCCAACAAAAUAAUAAAAAAAAAAAAACUUGAAAAGCUUAACUCAGGUGCAGCAAACAUCCUAAAAGGUGAGAUUUGCUUUUAAAGAAGUUAAACAGCAUUGAAAGCAACAGCUUCCCUCAGUACUUUUUGCUGUUAAAGUGUCAUUUUCUUUCUUGGCAUCUGUGGAAGAAGAGAACUAGCACUGGCGAGGAGGAGCACACAACAGGAGCGUCUGAGCAGGGGGAAAGGAAAGCCACAAGACAAGCUCAAGAGCAAAAAUUGUUUUCCUCCAUGUUUUAAUUUGACAAAAGAGGAUCCAUCUCAGGUUGGUCAUCAUGGGGUGGUAGCCGUGCUACAAAAGCUAGAUGUAGGUAGAUGUUUUCUGGGAAUGCCAUUUAAAGCUUUGCUUCCGCUAAGUUUUAACUUAAGCUUUUGAAGUGCAGCAGGGUAACCGCUGUAGCAAAUUAGGGAACUUCAGCCUAUUAAAAGCAAACAAACAAAACUAUAGUGAUGAUUUUUUUUUAACUUGAGUUUGCAAGAUUUAUAUGCCAAACUGCUAAUUGGCAGGAGGGAGGGAUUAGGGAAAAAACACAGGAAGCAUCUAGUGUUUGAUUUUACGCCUCUAAGUAGAGAAGAAUAAAAUACUUGUUAAAGCCCUUUAAGCUACCCCAUCUAUAAAAGUGUGGGUCGUCUUGAUUGUUGAGUUCAGACUAUUUCUCCCUUUGAACCUGGUCUCACAGUUUGCCGCACGUGGGCAGGCCUGUACGAAGAAAAAAACCCUGUGGUUUCCAUAGUAAAGCUGUAAAAAACCCUAAACACCAAACCCAGACCAACAAACAAAACCCUGAAAAUGAAUAACAUUUUUUUAUUUUCAGUGCUCCAGGAACAAUUUCAGUUCCUGGGCUCUGCAGGGGGUGUUGCAGCUGCUGGGAGGGCACUGGUGGCAAAUUAAGAAGGGAGGGUGGCAAUGGCCUAGCACCUUUCAAUAAGCUCGUCACUGCUAACCCCGAUCGCUCUUCAACAGGCUGUAAAUGUAUCAAAAGGCACGUGGUACAGCCCAGUGAAUUCCAGGCAGAUUCAGUUGUGGGUGAGUUGAGUGACCUGAAGGUAAGAAAAAAACAAACCCACAAAAAUCCCUUUACAAAAUCUCUUUGUAGGUAAGGAAAGCUGAAGAGCGAUGCAGAGAGCCCACGGGAGCUGGGCUGCCAUGGGCUCUCAUGGGCUGACGCCAGUGGAGAGCGCAAGGUGUGCUGGGACCAGGUCUGUUAGUCGCAUUUUCACAAAGGCAGGGACAAACAAGUACAAAAGGGUCGGUUUCUGCACUCGUACCAUGGGCAGUCCCCCAAGCAACCGCUUCGGUCGUUCAGGGUCCGGCUGCGGCUGAGGUGUGUCUUGGGUUGCCUCGCUGAGGGUGGCAGAGCUGGAGUGCAACGUUCAUGGCAGCUAGACGUUGGAUCAAACGGUGUUUUAACAAUAGUAAAAUUCUUAAUUCUCUGUGCAGGAACCUGGCCAGCAGAGGAAAGAUCAUUUUUCACAAGACAGCCAAUAUUUUAUUUAAUGGGUUUUGGACAUUCCCCUUUAUUGCUCCCAGAGAGAAAUCCCAGAAAGCCUAAAUCAGUAAGUGCAUUCAGGCCUCUAGAGUAAAUCUUCAGUUUAAAAAUAUGUGUCGUAAUUCUAAAGAGGAACAGUACAGAAGAAAAUGUACACAGUCUUAACUACUUAGAGGUAAUAAAUGGUUAUAUUAAAUGAUAGAGAAAUCAUUAUACACAUCUUUUUCUAAUUCCUUGCAUUUUCUAGACAGCUUAUUAAAAUAUAGCAAAUGUAGAUUCAUCUGUACAAAAUUUGGAAUGUUUUUUCUAAGACGAAGAACUUAUAGGAUAUGCUAAGAAUUCUUUUCUAACAACUGGUUUUAAUGCUUUGACUUCUAGUGCAAGAGGGAUUUAGGGAAAUCAGAAGGUGAUACCUUUCACAGGGUAAAGGUCAGGAGCUCUUUUACUCUAGGACAAAAAAAAAAAAAGAGAAAAAGCUAACUUUCUGUGGUCUCUACCACAUCUUAAAAAACAAUCUGCAUGUUAGAUUGAAAUUGCUCAGAACCUCCAGAAUAAAAGCGUACUAUACACUUUCCUCGCUUUCUGUUAUGCACUGUAACGAAAUGUGAAAAUAAUGCUGUAUUUAGCUGUCUGUAUGUGACUGAAAAAUAUGCUUGUAUUUAGCAAAAUGGUUACUAUGUGAUAAUGUGAAAUUUAAAACUUGUAAAGAAACAAGUGGUGGGGUUUUUUUUCCUUUCCCUUUCCCCAUUCUUUACCAGUGAGCGAUCCACUACCUGUACCACUUCUGUACCCCCGCCACCACUGAAAGCCGAACGGGGCCUGGCUCAGCAAUAACCUGCUAUAUGUCUUUGAAGGCCCAAUGCUUCCACCUUCAGAACCAGCCAGCUCCCCCACUGGGAAAAGACAGCGCAGCUAUGGAAACACUGGCCAUUCUACAACAAAACAGAAAACCCCAACCAAAGGCAGCCUUAGCCCCUCCCGGAGGCCUUGCUCAGCAGCGGGCAGGACUAGCGACACAAGAGCCAAAACAACGCCUGCAAACUGCCUGCCUGUUCUUACUCAAAGUAACAAAGACUUAAUAGUGAAGGACAGAGCAAUAGUGGACGAGGAUCAGCCAUAGGAUAGCUUCAGUUCUUGUCUGUGAGUUUGGGGUUUUUUUUGUGGUGUUUAUUUUUUUAUUUGCUUCAUAUCAAACAAAAGAAAACCACCCAAAACAAGCAUUACGAUGGCCAGAGCCGUCUCCCAUCCCCCCCUCCCCCAAGCCAGGUACCUUUUGAACCUACUGAGCCGUCACCCCCCAUCCCCAGCAUUAGGUCAUUGCCAGUCGCACACAGUACUUAUUUUGCUCGUGCAGAAAUGCUUAACUCGACAGUUCAUUGUGCGCAACAAAGGCAGGCGAUUGCUGCCGUAGGACCAGCCAGAGGGAGGGGGGAGCACGCUCUCGCCUGUGGGGACCUCAUUAAUCCAAAGCGAAGAGAAAAUUGCACGAGAAAUCAGGAGGUGUUGCAGACGCCUUUCACGGCUUUGCUGAUGCUCUUGAAAAGAAAGGGAGCGAGGGCAGCCCGAGCAGCCCCACACGCAGCACAGUGUAGCAGGGGGCAGGUACUUGUUGGUCAAAUAAUACAUGGGAUCUAAAUGUUUCUCUGCUACAGCCAAAGCCCCUGGCACAAACAGUACGGCCCUGCAGGAACCGUACGGAUGAGCCAAGCCCAGGUACUUCCUUGUGGUGAGGAUUUACCCAUUUUAUGCUCAGCCCUGCAGCUCGUACUCUUUCGCAGCCCCAGCGCUGUCCCAUCAGUUGCUUGUAUUGACAAAUUCAGAUGCGCUGACUCACGCCCUGCCGUCACUCAAGCCAGAAUUCUGGUAUUUUCAUGUCUGCUGCUUCAAUUGAAUUUUUUCACCCCCCUGCCCCAAUUAAGGGAAGGAAACAUUUUAAAAGACCACACAUCAGAUUCCUGACUUUCUCACGCAAAGAAAGAUGCACAAAAACAGGUGUUUGCCACAA